CGCUUACCAGGCUCCGCUGGACGGUGGCGCCGGCUGGAAGCGCGCCUGUGGGGAGCUGGAACGCCGGCGCGCUGUCGCGGCUCCAGACCUGCCGUCGUCGAGCCCUGACCGGUGACUGACCUGAGCCGUCUCCGGGCCGACCUGGCCCGAGCCGACCUGGGUCACCAUGAGCUCCGCCCCGCUCGAGUCCGGCUGCCAUGUGAAGAGGCCGAUGAACGCCUUCAUGGUGUGGUCCCGCAUCCAGCGGCGAAAGAUCGCCGGCGUCAACCCCAAGAUGCACAACUCGGAGAUCUCCAAGCGGCUCGGCGCCGAGUGGAAGCUGCUGACCGAGGAGGAGAAGCGGCCCUUCAUCGACGAGGCCAAGCGACUCAGGGCGCAGCACAUGCGGGAGCACCCGGACUACAAGUACAGGCCGCGCCGCAAGCCCAAGACGCUGCGGCGGGACGCGUUGCAGUUCACGCUGCCGUACUUCCCGCCCGGCAUGACGCAGAUCAGCGCGGGGCUGGCCCGGCCCCUGUACCCGACCUCGUUCUCGGGCGGCUACCCGAGCCUGCCGCCCGCCGCUGCCGUCGGGCUGCGCUACGCCCCGCCGGACGCCCGACCCGGAGCGCCUGCGUGCCGCCUUCCCGGCGUCCAUGUUCGGCGGCUACGCCAGCCUGUACAGGCGGCCUGA